CAACUAAAAAUGAGGUUACGUACCAAAUAUAAAAUUUUAAUCUUUGUUUUUAUUUAAAUAUUCUUUUUCUAUCCUUUUUAAUAACGAAUGAAAACUACAUGAACAUGUAUAUUUGCAAAAGGUCAAUUAUGUCACUUAGCAAUACCCUGUCUCGACUGUCUUAUUAUUAAAUAAACAACAAAUAUGGAAAGGGAGCCCCAUCAAAGUGGGCAUGGAGAGCCAGAACCCUCUGAAGGUAAAGAGACGUAUGAAACCCAACAACUUAGUCCUAAUACUUUAAAGGUAGCAGCCGCAGAAUGUCUUAAUAGUUGGAUUGGGUAUCUACAAAUGUUAAAUACAAUGUGUGCAGCUGGCAUGAGACUGGCACAAGCUUUAACCAACUUAUCUCAAAUGCAAAAUGUUCCUAUCGCUACACAGUGUAUGUUAAGUUGGGAAGACCUAAGUAGAGCUACGGCUAUUGCCAGUAGCUCGGUCAAAAACCAUAUUGCAGCUGCUAUGCAAGAUAUGAGUAUUGGAGACACCUUUACUGACGUGGAUGCCCAGAGGCAGCUAGAACAUAACCAGCAAAUCAUCACUGAAAACCUACUGACCUUCAUAAAUCUGCAAUAUCAAUUUUCCAUCGCCAGUUGUGAAACUUUUGGUUCAAUGGCAUUGUGUCCUUCGUGCCAGACCACACCAGGAGGGGUACAUAACUCUGAUUGUAGCAUGGCAGCUGUACAGCAAUGUUUUAGCAAGCAUGAACCAAGAUCACAAAUGUCCAGUCCAAGACUAGAAGAAGGACCAAAACAACACAGUCCUAUGGCUGAUACAAGAGGCCCAUCUCCGUAUCAGGAACCAAUAAGAGGCCCUAGUCCUAUUCAUAGUUUUUCUGAGUCUGUCAGAGGUUUUGCACCUUUAGAGACUCUUAGAGGUCCAUUUCCUGCUCCUGGACCUUUGCAUACAAUGAAACUCCCUUUUCCUGGUCGUGGUGGUCAGAGAUCACCUCUACAUUUUCCACUUUUUCCUCUUGGAGGGCCUAGAAGAUGGUCAGAAGCGGCAGCUACAGAAGUUAAGCCAGAAGGUACAAAGCUAGAGGGCACUGCUAGACGUUGGUCAAUGCCUUGGGACACUUCCUGGCCAGGAGAAACAGGACCGAACCAUUCCAAGGCAACUCCAUCAAAAUUAUCUGUACCGAGUGCUGGGUGUUCUCAAGAAAGAAGCAGAAGUACCACACCAGAAUCUGUGGCAUCUCAGGCAUCAACUUCAACAGCAGCUGGAGUACCUUCAGGUCCAGGGGUUUUACCCAGCACUGAGGGCUUAGCUGAAGCUAUUCAGCUACUGUCUUGUCGUCCAGCUAGGUCUUCUAUUCCUGGUACUUCAAUACCUGGACAUUCCUAUGUUCCUAUAUGGGGCGAGUCACAUGAGGAUAGGAUGCAUAGAAGAAUGUUCCCAUCACAGAGAGGCAACUGGCAAUCUGUGGACGUGCCUCACGUAUCAGGCAUCUCAAUGACUGAACACUACGAUAUCUUCCCGUCUGGUGCUCCACUAACUUCAAGAAAAAGCAGCUCUUCUACCGAUUCAUCUUCUUGUUUGUCCAUUCAUAGUCGGUCCACAGCUAGUGGUUCAGAAAGAGGAUCUACCAGUGAAGGCAGUGGUCCAGAUUGCGUAAGGCUGCAUACGAGUCUGUACUCGAUGUGGAGCGGUUCCGAACAUUUGCCCUUCAUCAGGUUGCCCGAGAGUCAAGAGCCGCAAGAUGACAGCGACACCGACGAUCCUCCAACGGAAAAAAGUGGGUAUUCACCUUUUCCCAAGCCCACUUGAACGGAUACUGCCAUGUAUAAUAUCCUAGAUCAUAUAUACUUGCGUGGAUAGAACUAUAAAACUCAAAUUUUAAACCAGUAGUAAAAAAAGUCAGUAAAUUUGGGACGCAUACUUCAAAGAAGCUGUAUAGCUAGGGUAUUCUUGGGUUGGGGUAUCAUUCAGGAAAGUAUAUGUGGUCUAGGCAUAUCACUCAUAUUUUUUCUCUAGAAGAUAUUAGAUGGUUAGUAAAUAUUGGACCUAAUAUUUUUAUAUAUUCAAAGUUUUUACAAAAAAAAUUUAACUUCUUUUUUUAUUAAGUAUUGAUGACAGUUCUAAUAAUUUUCAUUUGGAUGGUAUCAAAAAAUAUAUUUUAUAUUAUUUGGGUACUAUAAUAUGAGUUUAUUAUAUUAAUACCUUCUAGAGAUAAGAUUUAAUCGUCAAUUAUUAGUAUUUCAUUCUUGGGUGUCAUAAAGUGUUUACUAAAUGUCUACUAAUCAUUGCGACAUAUUUAUUCGGUGUAUGUUUGCUAUACCGGGUGUCCUCUUUUUGGUUGAAAUAAACGGGGUAUGUCAACGAUUGACUAUAGAAGAUUUAUAUUAUGCACGAAAAAUAUUUGGAUGUAAAAUACACUUUUAAAAAUGUGUAGAUAUAUACAGGGUGUUCUAAAAACCAAUGUCAAUGCGUUACAACAAUAUUUAAGUAAUUUUUGUAGUUUUACCAUGGUAUUAUUUGCAAAAACUACUAUUUUUACAGAAUUUGCCAAAUAUCCUGUAUAAAUGUGAUAUUAACUACUUAAAUGAUAUUAGAAAUUAUCUCUUGAAAUUGUAUUUAUUUUGAAUAAUGUCUUGGACGUAAUUUUUAGAUGGCAUCUGGUGUAUCAAAAUUAUAAUGCGUAUCAUAUCAUACUAUACAUAUACAGAGUAAUAUAUUUUACCUAUAUUUUUAUUCUUUACAAUUAAGUUUGCAAACAAUUGAUAUAGUUAUUCUUGCAUUUUAUUUUAAUGACUUAUUUUUUUCAGUUUUUUAAACUAUGAAAUUUUAAAAGCAAAAUUUUAAUUUAUUAGAUUUUGAUAUAUUACUCUGCACAUAAACAAUACAUAAUCAUGUAAUCAUUUGCUCUCUAAGUUACUCGCAAAUUUUCAAAAUUUAUCUUCCCAUCUUUCUUGUUAUAAUCUAUGUGAUAUCUAACAGCAUAAUAUAUUGAAAAAAAAAUGCUUGUAACGCUAAUAAUCGAUUGUCUAAGUGUAGAUCACUUUAAAAUUAACAUUACUUUAUUUUACUUAAAAUAUCCAAAUAAUUUUAUCUCAGAAAAAUACGUAAACAUAGAGGGUCCCUGACAAAUUUAAAACCCAUCUAUGUUUACUUAUUUCUCUGGGAGCUUUUAUAUUUGGUGGAGAAAUAUUGGUUAAUAUUUGAUUUUUUUUAUUGUGGAUAUUAUCUUUAUAUUUUAUAUUUAUUUGUAAUGUUAUAAUAUGUUGUUAAAUAGAAAUUAUAAUUUUUAGAAAAAAUUCUCUCUUUGUAUCGUAUAUUUUUGUUAUAUGUUUCUAGUCAUGUAAGUUUUUGAUCUCUUUGCUGGUCGAAGAGGAUUUUUUUACAUUAUAUAACGUAAAAAAUAUAUACUCAAUGUGAACAUGUAUCCAUGAAAGGUAAUAAAACAUAUACAAGUGA